AGCAGGUAUGCGGAGAAACUCAGUAAAAUAUGUACACUUUGCUUUUCUCCUGCAGAUCUGUGUUUGUCAGUGUAACUUUCAGAUCCCGUCAGAAGCUCUGGAGGGGUAAGACUUUCCUUUCCCCGAGGCUACGGAAGAAGGCCAACCCUGAUGGCUGGCUGCCGCUCUUCCAGCGCAGCUAAUGCCCAGCUAGCCUCCCGCCACCACACGGCGGUGUCCAAGAGCCUCAGCAAACGCCGCCACGACGACGACGACGCUAGCAUGGCGCCUGCGCGCGGCGCUCCGGAAGUGACGCUACAGGAAGGGGCUGCUCCGGGCAGCGCCAUGGCCCGAAAGGCGGCUGGGAAACCGCCUGAGGAAAUCUUGUUGGACUGGAAACGGGAGCAAGCCUCGUUGAAGGCCCGUGUUGUGGACCAGGACACGGAGGCUUGGCAACUGGACCCCGCCUUCUCAGGCCUGCAGAGGGUCGGGGGCGUGGACGUGUCUUUUGUGAAGGACGACAGUGGCAGCGCCUGCGCCUCCCUGGUGGUGCUCAGCUACCCAGAGCUUGAGGUGCUGUAUGAGGACUGCCGAAUGGUGACCCUGACGGCCCCCUACGUUUCGGGCUUCCUGGCCUUCCGAGAGGUAUCUUUCCUUGUGGACGCGGUGCAGCGGCUUCAGGAGAGGGAACCCUGCCUCAUGCCCCAGGUCCUUUUUGUGGAUGGAAAUGGGGUGCUGCACCACCGAGGUUUUGGGGUGGCCUGCCACCUUGGUGUCCUCACAGACCUGCCUUGCAUUGGGGUGGCCAAGAAACUCCUGCAGGUGGACGGGCUCGAGAACAACGCUCUGCACAAGGAGAAGAUACAGCUCCUAAAGGCUGGAGGAGACUCAUUUCCUCUGAUGGGAGGCUCCGGGACUGUCCUGGGCAGGGCCCUGAGGAGCCACGACCACAGCACCAAGCCCCUCUAUGUCUCUGUGGGCCACAAGAUAAGCCUGGAGGCAGCCGUGCGCCUGACCCACAGCUGCUGCAAGUUUCGGAUCCCGGAGCCCGUGCGCCAGGCUGACAUCCGCUCCCGAGACUACAUCCGCAGGACCCAGGAAGUCCAAGGGGUCCCUGCCCCGCAGUCGGGCAGGAGCAAGGAGGCACAAAGGCCAAAAGCGUGCCCCCAAGGAGUCUCAGAAGAGCCUGCAGGCACCUCCAAGGGGACUCCUGCAGGCGGGAAGGCCUGUCCCAGGUUCUGAUCUCCAGUCCUCCCCAGAUGUCCACACUGGCACGUCUUCUCACCUCCGCUUCCACUGUCCACCCAGUCCUGGGACUGAAAAAAAAAAAAAACCUCAUCACAGCCAGGGGUGUACAGGGAGCCCCACCUCACCCCACCCUCCCUAGCAGGCUCUGGGCCAUCUGCCCACUCACCCCAGGCCCCGGGAUGUUGUGGCUUUGGAACCUGCACCUCAGUACCUGUGACUUCUGACUCCUUUGUGCCAGCAGUGCCUCUCCUGCCUCGGGUUUGUGUCCUGCUCAGAUCCUUGCAAGGAUCCGAGCAUUUGUUUGAUCCAGUUGGGGGACUGAGUGUGAGGAUACACGUGGAGUCCAUGCCAGUGGGGGCACAGUCAUUUCCCAGUGAAUGAAGAAUGGGGGUAUAGCACCAGCCGGGCUCCACACUGAGGCAUUAGUGGUCAGAGGCAGGGACAGCCUGGGAUCAACCAGGGAUCAAACCCACAGCCCCUGCGUUGGAACGCAGAGUCUUAACCACUGAACUGCCAGGGAAGUCACCUUUCAUUUUCUAGAUUGCGUCCUUUGAGUGAAGGUUUUAAAAUUUGAUGAAGUUCAGUUUAUCUAUUUUUCAUUUGUUGCUUGUGCUUUGGUGUCAUAACAAAGAAACCAUUGCCUAAUCUGAUGUCACAAAAAUUUCCUCCAAGAGUUUUGUAGUUUCAACUCUUACAUUUAGAUCUUUGACCCAUUGUGAGAUAAUGUUUGCAUAUGGAUAUUUUGGUCUUUUGUAAUUCCAUAUGAAUUUUAGAAUCAGCUUGUCCAUUUCUACUCCCCCAAAAAAGCAGUUAGAAUUUUGAUAGUGAUCACACUGAUCAAUUUGGAGAGCACUGCUAUCUUAACAGUAUUACCUCUUCCAGUCACUGAACUCAGGGUCUUUUCACUUAUUUAUAUCUUCUUUAAUUACUUUUAACAGUGUUUUGUGAUUUUCCUUGUACAUGUCUUAUCCUUCCUUCAGUAAAAUUUAUUACUAAGUAUUUUAUUGUUUUUGAUGCUACUGUUUUAUUUUUGAAUUGCCCAUUCCAAGUAUAUAAAAAUACGACUAUUUAUAUCUGGCAACUUUGCUGUACUCAUUUAUUAGCACUAAUGUGUGUGUGUGUGUGUGUGUGUGUGUGUGUCCCUUAAGGGUUUUAUAUAUAAGAUCAUGUUUAAUGUGAAUAAAGUUUUAUUUCUUCCUUUCCCA